AUGACCAUCGCGGUCUUAGCGGCUCCUAUCACGAAAGUAAAGCGCCGCGAACCGCUGGGGACGAUUACAAUGGCCGCGACUCAGGCGCAGCCACGUUCUGGCCGAGGUCGCCCUCCAACACGGUUGAGCGCUUCUCAACAAGGAUUAGACGAGAUUGCGAAUAACGCGGAGGGAAAACGGAAAGCGAACUACGAGGAGGACGCGGAAGGAUUUCGAUUUUCAAGAAAACCAUCGAAGAGGACUAGGCCGUCGAUUGAACCCGUUCCAGAGAAUCCCCAAUCAGAUGUGGAAAAUGCGCCUUCAAAGUCUACGCCUCGAAGAGGUCGACCACCCAAGAAACGGCUGGUCGAGGAUGCGAAUGGGAAUGCGAGUGCCAGUGCUGUACCGACAAAUGGGAAAACUACUGAACUUCCGACAAGACGGGGGACGAAAAGGACUGCUCAAAAAGUACAUCCGGAGCCGGAACCUUCAGCGACUUCGACGCGCUCAUUACGAAAUCACGAGUCGCCAUCAAAUGCGCCUCCGGAGAAAAAGGGGAAGAGGGGGCGACCGGCUCGUCCGAGAACCAGCGAUACCAAUGGAUUUAAAUCACCAGAACCUUCAGCGGGUACGAAGGUGGCUUUGCCGCUGGCUGAUACCCCGGUUAUUCAGCGAAAUAAGGAAUUACGGGGUACAAAAUCUGGCAAGGGGAAUCGGCGAAGUAGUUUGGGGAUGCGGGGACGACGAGCCAGUUCCUUGAUUGACUCGGGGGCGUCCAAUGCAUUACCGCAUCGAGAAGUCAGCACCGCUGACUUCUACAAACACAUCGCGGAUGAAGGGCUCCCGGAGCCUCGUAGGAUGCGGCAGCUUCUGAUUUGGUGUGCGACACGAGCCCUUGGAGACAAGCCUUCGGGCUCGCGCUCAGAAGAUCAAAGUUCACGCCUAGCAGCCCGUGCGAUCCAAGAUGAGCUGCUGAAGGAUUUCUCUACCAACUCCGAACUUUCGAACUGGUUUAGCCGUGAAGACCUGAAUCCACCUACCGUGGUGGUGAAAAAGCCGAAUCCAAGGAACAUCCAGAAUACAGAAAAGAUCAAGGAGUUGGAGGAGCACAUUCAAAAGCUUCAAAAAGAGAGACAUGCCCUGAACGCUCUUCUCAAGCAACCACCAAUUCCUCCUGUCAAUGCGCCUGCACUAGAAUCCCCCAAAGCCUCCAAACGUUACCCUAAGAAAUCAACUCCUCAAAUUGACUCCUCCCUCCUCGAACCCUCUCAACAAGCCAUCCUCGCAUCCCUCCGUCCCUCCUCAACCGCAGCCGAGUCACAAUCGAAAGACGACGCCUCUCCCACAAUCCAACCACCCAUGUCUCCAUCAACCGUCUCAUCACGCCUUUCCCAAAUCACAACCGGUCUCGCUCCCACACUGGAUGCUUUUGCCGCUGGUAUCCACGAUAUUGAACUAUACAGUUCUAGUGCCGAUGCCGUCUCAUCACACAUCCUUCGCAUCUGCGCACAGCGUCUCGAAGAGCGUGACGCACUGAAUACCCGGCAACGCAUCGCCAUAGAAGGCGACGACGAGGACAGUCCACAAAAAGCACGAAUGGAACGUCCCCGGCAAGACCUAGGUGUUAUCCUCGGGGCCCUCAGUCGUGUCGAGAGACGAUAG